AUGGUCGACUUGCCCCUGCUCCGCCUGGAUCUCUUCUCCGCGGCCCAGACGCUAUCCCAGCUCCACCUCUACCACGCCGCCAAAUGGGCGCUGGAGGCGCUCGCAGGGCUAGCGGCCACAGAACCGCCCUUACAGCCGCCCGCCAUGCUGCUAAUCGCCGGCCCGCUGCAGGACCUCCUCCCCCUCACGCUAGCACAAAGCUACUUUGGCUGCAAGGAAUUCGAGCGGGCCGCGCACGUGCUCCGCGACUGCGCGGGCGGCCACGCGGUGUUUCUCCGCUUGUACGCGUCGUACCUCAGCGUCGACAAGAAGGCUGCCGAGGACCUGGGCGGGGCCUUGGGCGUGGGCCCCUCCGCAGGCCUGCUAGGCGGGUCUGCGCCGCGCGGCGGCCCCGACGACGGCCUGGACCAGCACAAAGACUUGGCCGACGGGCUCUCGGGCCGACUAGCGGCCAUUGUGCUGGAGAUCGAGCGGUUCCACGCGCGGCCGGGCACGGCGCCCAACGCGUUUCUCCUCUUUCUCCAGGGCGUCAUCUACAACCGGCGCAAGCGCGUCCGCUUGGCCCAGGACCACCUCCUCGCGUCCCUCCAGGCGUUCGCCUACAACUGGAGCUGCUGGCAGGAGCUCGCGCAGACCUUUGCCACGUACGACGAGGCGGCCGCGUUCGUCGAGCGGACGCGGGCCGCGGCGCCCGCGCUUGCCGCCGGCGUGAUGUUCCAGAUCUUCGAGGUGGUGCUUCUCCAGGAGUUCUACCAGGGCGCGGCGGCCUUCCACGAGAAGAUCCGCCCGUUGUGCGACGUGUUCCCGUCGUUCGUGUUCUUGAAGGUGCAGAAGUUCCUCGUCGCGUACCACGGGCUCGACUACCUCCACGCGGAGCAGUUGUUCGACGCGAUUCUUCUCCAGGACCCGAUGCGCCUCGACGACUUGGACACGUACCUGAACAUGUUGUACGUGAUGGAGAAGAAGCUGAAGCUCGCGUUCCUCGCGCAGUACACGCUGCAGAUCGACAGGUUCCGCGCCGAGACCUGCUGCGUGGUGGCCAACUACCACCUGAUGAAGGGCGAGCACGACAAGGCCGUCAUGUACUACAAGCGCGCCCUCACCUUGAACCGCGCCUGCCUCAGCGCGUGGACCUUGAUGGGCCACGAGUUUGUCGAGCUCAAGAACUCGCACGCGGCCAUCGAGUCCUACCGCCGGGCGGUCGACAUCAACGCCAAGGACUUCCGCGCCUGGUACGGCCUCGGCCAGGCCUACGAGGUCUUGGACAUGCACUUGUACGCCUUGUACUACUACCAGCGCGCCACCAGCUUGCAGCCCACGGACAAGCGCAUGUGGCAAGCCAUCGGCAACUGCUACGAGAAGAUCGACAAGCUAGAAGAGGCCCUCCUGUCCUUCGACAAGGCGCUCGCCAUCGAGUCCUUGAGCCGAGCGGGCGACGACGCGGCCGAGCCCGCCAGUGUGGAGCCCCACAUCUGCUUCAAGCUCGCCGUCAUCUCCGAGAAGUUGGGGAGGACAAAGGACUCCUACAAGUACAUGCGCAUUUGCUUCGAGCAAGAGUGCGAGUGGGGCGUGACCGAUGAGACCUCCAAGGCUCGCCUUUGGUUGGCCCGCCACGCGUUGGAAAACAGGCACUUCGACGACGCCUAUGAGCUAGCAAAAGACUUCAAUUUCAGCAACGCCCACGACGUCGAAGAGGCUCGCGCCAUUGCCAAGGAGGCCCGAAACCGCAUGGGGCUGUGA